AUGUCAAGCAGUGCCAGCAGUAGCAGCGCGGGAGCAUCGAGCAAGCAGCCUCGCCCGAGUGAUCAGGAACUGACUCAGACCUACAACACCAUGAAGUCUGAGCUCAACCAGCUGGCGCAGAAGAUCGGCGAACUUGAGACUGAAUCGGAUGAACACACUCUCGUCGUCGACACGAUCUCGCCUCUGGACCCCGAGAGGAAGUGCUUCCGUUUGGUUGGAGGAGUACUCGUAGAACGUACCGUCAAGGAGGUCUUGCCAGCAUUGAAGACCAACCAGGAAGGCAUCAAGAAUGUUACGAUGCAGCUGGUGCAAAAGUACAAGAGCAAGGAGGACGAGUUCAUGGCAUUUCAGAAGAAGUACAACAUUCAAGUCAAGCAAUAA